UCUCUCUCUCUAGCUACUGUGGUCACGUGACUUGGCCAAAGUUUCACUUUGUUGCGGAAUGAAGAAGAACAAGAAGACGCCCCAUGUUUGCAACCAGGCAUGAGGGAUGGAGGGGACAAAAAGCCGUGUCAUGUGCAUCAAGUUCAGACCUUCCACCAUGACACCUUGCUGAUAUCCACUGGACCGUGCCGUGUGCCUCCAGAAGGUGACCAUGGCCCAGGAUCUGGUGCUAAAGCAACGUAGCGAGAUCCUCUGCGGUCUGUGCUCCAGCGGCUCGUCCGAGCCCCUCGAGAGGGUUCUGGAUGUCCUCCUGGCCCGCGGGGAGUUUUCGUGGGAGGAUUACCUCAACGUGCGAGUGCAGGGGAGGCCGCUUCAUGCCAACGCCAGGCAUCUGCUGGAUCUGGUCUACGCCAAGGGGGAGGCAGCGUGCCAGGCCUUAACCGAGGCUGUCCGGCAGUUCCGGCCCGAAUCUCCAGGCCUUGUCACUGGGACGCUUCUGACGCAAAGACCCAGCCUGGUGGGAGAGCUCCAAGGCUGCGUGGACGGAGCUCUGGAAGCUCUUCUGGAAUCGGGAUGCUUCACCCACGAGGACUGUGGAGACGUACGCUUGCCUUUGCACACACCUGCGCAGCAGGCCAGACGCUUGCUGGAUCAUGUGAGCUCCAAAGGGGAGUCGGCGGCUAACGUGGUGCUACGCUACGUUGAGCAAAAGCAACAGCAGGGGUGCAACCUGACAGUAGAGAAGACCACACCCAAAGAACUCCUUAUCUAUGAGAAAAAGUUGCGCAGUUCUGUGUCGGCCCAGUCCGUCUUCCUCAGUACGUACGGAGGAACCGACCACAUGUCGCUUGAUGACAUCUACACCCAAGGUCAAUUGGAGGUGGCGCACGACUGCAAGGAUCAAGCACAUCUGGACCUGGAGGAUAUCGUAGGACCGCCAGGCACUGCGAAUGAGGAGGCGGACACGGUCCUGGUAUCCGGAGAUGCGGGUAGCGGUAAGAGCACCUUACUCCAAAGGCUGCAUCUUCUCUGGGCUCGAGGCGCCAGCCUCCCCGAGUUCGUCCUCCUGUUCCCUUUCAGCUGUCGGAAGCUCAAUUCGGAACUCAAUGAGCUGUCAGUCCAAGAACUGCUCUUCCGCCACUGCUGCUGGCCCGACCGCAACCAGGAUGAGAUCUUCCGCUUCAUCCUGGACCACCCGCACCUCGUGGUCAUCACGUUUGACGGCCUCGACGAGCUCAAGCAGAGCUUCUCGGACGAGCGCAGAAUCUGUUGCCCGACGCAGCCCGCCCCCGUACACGAACUAUUAUUCAACUUACUCCAGGGGUCCCUCCUGAAGGGGGUUCGGAAGGUGGUGACCAGUCGUCCGGAAGCUGUGGGUCCGACAUUGAGGAAGCAUCUGCGCAAAGAACUCUUCCUUAAAGGCUUUUCCCCCGAUGGGAUCAAUUGUUUUGUCAAGAAACAACACAGCGACUUGUCGGUGGCCUCGAAAGUCUUGGCGUCCAUUCAGGCCAACACGGCUUUAUUGGGACUCUGCCACAGUCCCGUCCUCUGCUGGAUUGUCUCGCAGUGUCACAAGGAGCUGCUAGGUUGCGGAGAUGGGACACCGCAGACCAUAACGGACGUGUACCUCAUGAUCCUGCAGCAUUUUUUGCAGCACCAAAGCCCCUCGAAGUCUUCCGCGGGCACCAGUUGGAUUCAGGAGCACCUGGUCGGUAUCUUGCAUCUGGGUCAGCUUGCUUUCCAGGGCGUGGAAGCUUCCUGUUACGUCUUCGAUGGCGCUGACCUGGAGACCUGCUGUGUUACGGACAAAGAAAUCUGUGCGGGGUUCCUAACCCAAAGCAAGGAAAUGUCACGUCACCAGAGUCUUCGGUACGAAUUCCUUCACGUGACCAUGCAGUGUUUCUUUGCCGCGCUUUACAUCGUUUUGUCCAACAAUACGGACCGCUCCACUGUCGCUAAGCUAUUCGAGCUAAAGGCAGCAGGCUUCAAUAGCUCCUGCUUUGGCCCCUGCUUGACUGCGGACCUUGAACAGGGACUGUCCGAAAGCCCCAAUUUACAAAUCGCGGCCACUUUUGUGUCCGGUCUCCUAUCUCAGAGACACAGACACCUGUGGUUGCACUGCACCCCGACAUCCACCGUGGAGAGGAAAGCGCGACAGGUGGUCCGCUGCCUCCACAAAGGCAUGCAGAAGCACUUCAAGUCCAUCCCCCAGCCCGUUGAAGGGGAAAAAAAGAGCAUGCACGCCAUGCCGGGUUUCGUCUGGCUCAUCAAGUGCAUCUAUGAGAUGCGGGAGAGCAAUACGGCCCGGGAGGUCUUGAGCAAGCUGGAGGUGGACCACCUGAAGAUGACCUACUGCAACAUCGGACCGGUGGAGUGCACCGCUCUGGCCUACGUGCUCCGGCACCUGAGGAAUCCCGUGGGAAUCGAGCUGGACAACAACUCAGUGGGCGAUGUGGGCGUGGAGCAGCUGCUUCCCUGUUUGCAUAUUUGCAAGUCCCUCUAUCUCAGAAAUAAUAACAUCACCGACGAGGGGCUUCGAAAACUGAUGGCAAAGGGAAUCCAGUGUGACAACUUCCAGAAAAUUGCACUCUUCAACAACAGGCUGACUGACGCUUGUACGCAACACAUUUCUCAUCUACUGAAGACCAAACAGAAUUUUCUUUCAUUGAGGCUGGGCAACAACAAUAUUACAUCGGAAGGAGCCAAACAACUAGCUAAAGGGCUGGAGCUCAAUCAUUCGUUGAAGCAUUUAGGGCUUUGGGGUAAUAAGAUCGGCGAUUCAGGUGCAGAGGCCAUUGCCGGUGCCCUGGAAGGCAGCAAAACGCUAGAAUGGCUAAGCUUGGUGGGCAACGGUGUGGGCAGUGCCGGAGCUCGUGCUUUGGCCACAAUGCUCGAGAGUGGCACAUCACUGGAGGAAUUAUGGUUGACUGAAAACUGCAUCACCAGGGAGGGAGUGGAGUGUUUGGUUCAAGCCUUGGAGUGUAACACACGUAUCAAGUCAGUAUGGUUAAGGAACAAUCCCCUAAGCCCUGAGGAGGUGGAGGAAAUGACUCGACGUGAAUCAAGACUCAUCUUCUGAUGCUUUUAUUUUUUUAAAAUAAAUAUUUAUUAAAAUGACAACAACUGUGGUAACUUUGCAUGCCCACUGUUCACAAA